CAUAGAUCCGUGUAUUAUAGACGAUUGACUUAUACUGUGCACAGACGAUAAAUUUGGUGAUAAAUCACAAUAUUUCCUAAUUCGAAAACGAUAUUUACCGAGGCAUAUUUCAUUUUUUGGUAUUCCCUAGGUGGGAGUCCCCCGCUUGUAAUGAAGCAGCCUAUAUGUUCCCCUCUUCCCUCACUCCUCCAAGCUGAUUCUACACUCCAUUACAACACAAUGGCUUUAGAACUCCAGAACGGGCUCAAAGAGCAUUUGAGCUUGUUGAGUGACUCCCUUGGGGGUAGGCUACCCUUGGAUGAUGCCGUCUUAGAAGGUAUUCGUUGACUCUAAAUGUCAUCACUUUCAGUUCGUAUGCACUUAUUGAUCACACAAUGGCAGCCUUACCACCGGGAACCACAUCAGCGUCUGCACAUGCCUAUGGUUUAUCUGCAUGGUCAUUUACGGCCAGGAUUAAUGCACUCGAUAACGAUUAUCAACCUGUCUCAUUCUUUCUCAAGUAUGUUGCUGGGGACCUCGGCAAGAACCAAUUAGAGGGAGAGUUUGUCGGUAUGACAGAGUUGCAUAGACUGCAACCCGAACUAGUUCCUAAGCCUCUUGCUCGAGGUAAGCUCAAGGAUGCAAACCCACCGACGUAUUUCUUCUUGAUUGAAUUCAAGGAGUUCGUGCCUGGGCUUCCUGACCCUGUGAGGCUAGGUGCUCGCCUUGCCGCGAUGCAUCGCAACAGUACUUCCCCGGACGGCAAUUUUGGCUUUCACUUGCAGACUUAUGAUGGUGCAAGGCUCCAAGCGGUCGCACCGGCCAAGAGCUGGACCACCUUCUUCGGGAAACUUCUCGCUGAAGCUUAUCGGCAGGAUACAGAGACCAACGGAGUUUGGCCAGAGCUUGAGACCGUGCAUCGACGUGUACAGUCGCAUUUAAUACCUCGUCUCAUCGGAGCUCUAGAAUCCGAGGGUCGAUCGGUGAAGCCGACGUUGAUCCAUGGUGACCUUUGGGAUGGCAACGUCGGAGUCGAGGCGAACACUGGCGAUCCAUGGAUUUUUGACUCUGCCGUAUAUUACGCCCACAAUGAGAUGGAGAUCGGUAUCUGGCGAGCUGAGCGACAUCAGCUAAAAGCGAAACAUUUCCGUAGAGAAUAUCUUCGUAAUUGUGAGCCUAGCGAGCCCGAGGACGAAUGGGACGACCGAAACAUUCUCUACAGUGCCAAGACAAAUUUCAUGCAUUCUGCAUGUUUUACAGGUUCUCCGGCACGUAAAUCGGCUUUUAACGACUUGGUUUCACUGAUUCAGAAAUACACUCCGUGGGAGGAGAAUUCUGAUGGCUUGCGACAAGUCGGCCAAGGCCAGAAUGGCGACUCCGUCGUAUAAUUAUACUCAUGUACUAUAAUUGAUCGGCUCCUUGUUGUAUGUCGUUUGCAGUCUGAGGGUACUUCUCAAUUAUAGAUUGUGAUCAUUCUUACUUCAAUCGAUUUGAUUUAUGCCGCUAGCCUUUGCUUAUUUCAAUUUAAUGAGUUAUGAUGAUUAGAAGGUCGUCUUCUCUGGGACGUGCAGGUAUGUUCGACCUUGGUAGACAAUGAUCAAACGAGGCCGUUGAAUGUGAGCAGAUGUGAGUAAGAAGAUGUGAGUAAGAAGAUGUGACUAUAGCACUGGAUUGUCUGAAGUAGUCAAGAAAUACAGGCCCCACUGAUG